AUGGCCUGCUCCUCGUCUGGCUGCGAUUCCGGCAGUAUCUGGUGCCCGCCAACUCCUCCCCCGACGUUCAACUCCGCCGUCAUCCACGGAUGGCUCGCCGACCAGCCGGUCUCGCCCCGCCUGCUUCAUUCUGACCGAAAACGCUCCCGCAGACCAUUGUCACAGGCAUCACAACCCAAGCGACCCCAACCGCUCCAGCCUACCCAUGCGAACAUAAGCCGUCGCUCGCCGCGACGGAAGGAUAGCACAGAGCAAUUGUCCCCAAGUAGGAAAGCUCUUGGCAGGGAACGCGAUGUCUUCUCGGACGACGGCUACAUGGAGGAGAAUGCUGUCUUGCGAGACACUGCAACAACGCCAAAGCCAACCAGGCGGGGUCAACAGCGUGGACUGACCCAGCCGCCGCUGGAUCUGGCUACUUUCUCCGCCAUCCAUCGUCCAGACAAUAUCACCCCUUCCGGCUCGUACACUGAUGCGCUCGCUCACCAUCCUAUCCUCCCCCAAUCCAACACCAAUUCAAGCAGCUCCUCCGUACAAUCUAGGAAGUCCAAGUCGAAGCGGGCAAUGAGUCCGGCCAAGAAUUACAGUGACCUGCAGCUCUUGAACAAGCCGGUCAAAUACGGCGUUAUGGAUGCGGAGCGGGAGGACCUGCCAGAAGACAUACGCGUGCUCAUCGAGGAUCUCCAGACGCUCUGCAAAAAUGAUCGCAUCACUGGCGCGAAGAAACGCUCCCACUGGACGUACGAGACAGGUCGUGACGAGCUCGAUCUCAUGAUCGAAUUGGAUAUGGUAAGAAGGGUGCAAGCCGCGGCUGUUUCGCUGUCCACCACUGGGGCCCAUGAGCCGCAGUGGUAUUGCUCGGUGCAGUGGCCCAUUUUGGACAUGAUUUUCCGUCACCAGUCUUAUAUCGAGCCCAAGCAGAUAUCACACGCCCUCCCUAUCAAAGAAUGUCUACCCCAAGCCGGCGAACGGUAUUCUGAAUCCCAACUCGUCGACUUCGCCAUCAACCUCAUCCCGCAAUCCGUCUCCAACGACUCUCUUUCAGGAUGGCUGAGAAGUCAGCCUAAUACCACUCGCACCGUUAAUCAAUCCCUCUACGCCCCACUCUGCCGACAUCCUACUAUGAUAUCCGUCGAGGUCAAGGUCAAUAGGACUGAGGAAGAGGCCCGGGUCCAAAUCGGUAUCUGGCUGAGUGCGUGGCAUGAGCGGGUUGGCCAGCUUAGUGCUAAUGAGGGUCACCGGGUUAUUACGUUGCCGGUCAUUAUUGUGUUAAACCACUAUUGACAUCUCUAUUUAGCGGUUGAUAAGGGCUCACACAUUGAAAUCCUGCAGUUUACAGAAAGCAUGGGCGAUACUUUGUCGCUUGUGAAAGUUUAUCGGAUACUCGCUGUACUCCGGCGUCUAGGCGAGUGGGGAUUGGAAACCUUUGAGCCUUGGUUUAAGGCGACAUUUUUUGACCUUACAUAGUCAUGACUCCUAGCUUCCUAGUCCUAACCUCUUAAAUAAGUCUGGUGGCUUAGUGCUGUAGGGAUCAGCAUCCUCGCAUACCACGUGCGGUUUGAACCCACUAUGCUGUUGGCAGCACCUAUGUGUCACGCUGCCCAAGCUUAAGUCGGCCCUCUUGCUAAGAAUUUGCACAGCCACAGGUCUCUCAGCUAUAAGCACGCCG